UACUGAAAACUGUGUUUAACAUAAUACAUUUAAAAAUAAGCCCUCAAACAUUGAACGUCACGUGUUUGCUACCACUUCCAAUCAGUUCACAUGUGAACUUAUUUUAAUACACUUCGAUCUAAUAGCCAAUUUGUUAGAUAUUUUGUAGUCACGAAAUGUUAUUCACUGUUUUAUACACGAUUAAAUCCAGAUUUGGCUAAAAAUAUGAUACCACAAGAGUUAUAACUGUUAUCGUUGGUCCUGCAUGCUGUGCACUGCAUCAACGUCCUGUCAAAAACAUUGCACUGUAUUUUUUCUUACUUUGCCAAACACUUCAUUUGUAUAAUAAACAUAUAAGGAAAUAAUGGCUGCCUACAUCAAUCGUACAAUGUCCAUGAUUGGAGGAGACAGCCACUUAAGAUCAACAGAUAUAAGAACUGAUAAUUCUCCUCUUCAGAUCUUUGUUAAAGCCAAGAAAAAGAUCAACGAUAUAUUUGUGGAAAUAGAAGACUAUGUACAGGACACUGUGGGAUUCAUAAAAUCAUUGAAAACAGAGCAUCAGAUCGUUACCACUGAUGAAGCACAAACAAUUGAGAGUUAUGUUAAAAAAGUUCAUGCAAUUAGAGAUGUUCUCAUGAGAGAUCACAUGAAAGUAGCAUUUUUUGGAAGAACUAGCAAUGGUAAAAGUACAGUCAUCAAUGCAAUGUUACGUGACAAGAUUUUACCAAGUGGUAUAGGUCACACAACAAAUUGUUUCUUACAAGUAGAAGGUUCAGACAAUGGUGAAGCUUAUCUUAUUACGGAAGGAUCUACCGAAAAGCAACCUGUGCAAUCGGUUGGUCAGUUAGGUCAUGCUCUCUGUAAAGAAAAGUUGUGCGAGAGUCAUUUGGUGAGAAUAUUUUGGCCAAAGGAAAAAUGUUUACUAUUACGAGAUGAUGUGGUAUUUGUUGAUAGUCCUGGAGUAGAUGUAACACCUAAUUUAGAUGAAUGGAUUGAUAAACACUGCUUGGAUGCAGAUGUUUUUGUUCUGGUAGCCAAUGCUGAAUCUACUUUAAUGGUUACUGAAAAAAACUUUUUCCACAAAGUGUCUACAAAAUUAUCUAAACCAAAUAUUUUUAUUCUUAAUAAUCGAUGGGAUGCAUCUGCUUCUGAACCAGAGUUCUUUGAACAGGUAAGGGCGCAACAUCAAGAUAGGGCCGUCGACUUUUUAUCAAGAGAAUUAAAAGUUUAUACUCCUAAGGAUGCUGAAGAACGAGUGUUCUUCAUUUCAGCAAAAGAAACUCUACAAGCUCGUAUACAAGAACAACGGGGGCAGCCUGCUCACAAUGGUGCGUUAGCAGAAGGAUUCCAAAAUCGCUAUUUCGAAUUCCAAGAUUUCGAACGAAAAUUUGAAGAAUGUAUCUCCAAGUCUGCUGUAAAAACGAAGUUCGAACAGCAUUCUCAACGUGGAAAACAUAUCGCCACGGAAAUUCGACAAACGUUAGACGAAAUACUAGAAAGAACGCAAAAGAUGAGAAACGAACAAUUACACGUUAAAAAAGACGUUCAUGACAAAUUAAAUUUCACCGAACAACAGUUAAUGUUGCUAACCCAAGAAAUGAAAGACAAAAUUCAUCAUAUGGUAGAGGAUGUGGAACAGAGAGUAUCGAAAGCUUUGAGCGAAGAAAUUCGUAGAUUAGCUGUACUUAUUGACGAAUUUAGUGUUCCUUUUCAUACUGAUCCGUUAGUUCUAAAUGUAUAUAAACGGGAACUCCACACCCAUGUGGAAAAUGGUUUAGGUUCUAACUUAAGAGCAAGGCUCAGUACUGCAUUGGCUUUAAAUAUAGAAAAUUCACAAAGGGAAAUGACGGAACGAAUGGCAAACUUACUGCCAGAAAAUAAGAGGCAAAUGUCAUUGAACAUUUUACCAAGAAGAGAGCCAUUCGAAAUCUUGUACAGAUUAAAUUGUGACAAUUUGUGUGCUGAUUUUCAUGAGGAUUUAGAAUUCCGAUUCUCUUGGGGAAUUGUAGCUAUAAUUAAUAGGUUUGCGGGAAAGCAAGGGAAAAGAUUAGCUAUUGCUAAUUAUCCACAGGAUGUACCACCACCUCUUAUGAGUCCUGCAGAAAGUGUCGAUUCUAUAAAAUUGAUGUCAAGUGCCCCAGCUUUUUCACAAAGAUCAGAUGACUGGUCAUUGGCUACUAAAAUUGCAGUAGCAUCCAUCACAUCUCAGGGUACCAUGGGAGGACUUAUAGUUGCUGGUUUUAUGUUGAAAACAAUUGGUUGGAGGCUUAUAGCUGUAACUGGUGCUAUAUAUGGUGCUUUGUAUCUUUACGAACGAUUAACAUGGACUAAUAAAGCAAAAGAGCGUGAAUUUAAGCGUCAAUAUGUGUCUCACGCUACAAAGAAAUUAAAACUAAUUGUAGAUCUGACAUCUGCAAAUUGUAGCCAUCAAGUACAACAGGAGCUGUCUAGCACAUUUGCACGUCUGUGUCAUUUAAUAGAUGAAACGACAACUGAAAUGGAUUCUGAACUGAAAAACAUUGCGAGUACAAUUCGAAUACUUGAAGAAGCAACCAGUAGCGCUAAGGUUUUACGAAAUAAGGCUAAUUAUUUAACUAAUGAGCUCGAUUUAUUUGAUGCAGCAUACUUAAAGUCGUUGAAUUAAGCAUAGAAUGACAUUAUUUUAGGAAAAUAAUGCAGGUUAUUAAAAAUCGAUGUUAAACAACAUCGCUUCCCGUUUUGGAAAAUAUAUCUACGCAUGCUGUGAUAUUAAAGUAACAACUAAUAAUGAAAUGUUGAUCGCAUGCUAGGUGUAUUUUCCCAAACAACCAUUUGUGCAGACAGAGGGAAUGUUUUUACAAAAGAAAACCUUAUCUAGUCUUAAAUGCAGGCAACCUUGUAUCCUCUGAAUGUGUUAUUCUAAAUUUUUAACAAAUUUCUCAUAAUUUAAGUCGAUGAUUUCUUUUAUACAAAAAAGAAAUUAUCAAAGAGAUCUUUAAUAGAAAUGAAUUUUUGAAUUUAUUUUUUGUUUUUAAUAAUCUAUUCUAAAAUGAAUCAUGCUAAACGAUUUUUUUUGCAAAUAUAAUACCAGUGUUUUAAUAUAAAUGUUACGAAAUAAUAUUGCAGAGGUAAAUGAAUUUUAUUUAUAUAGUAAACAAUAUAAUGCAAUUAUUAGAUUUAUUAGAUUAUAUUUAUAAAAGAGCUUAUGUUGUAUGAAUAAAAGGUUGUUCGUUGAAUAAGAAUUA